AAUGCAUUAGACGACAUCGCACGUCCAGCAUAGCGCAAGACACCAUGAUGAGGAUCGGACAGACUAAUCCAUCUCUAGUAUCUGAACAACACCGGACCCGUGUGUUAAUACUCUUCAUAACCCUUAUAACAGGGGCCUUUACAGAUGAAAAUGUGAUUCGAGCUCCUUUGGGUGGGAGUGCAACUUUUAACUUAAAGGUUACAAGAGAGAUGAAAGUAAGCCUUGCUGAAUGGAGCAGGUGUCCAGAUCAGAAAGUUUUUGUGUUCAGCCCCAGCCAUGGACUCACUAUAGUUAACAACAGCUAUGCUGGUCGUCUUUUUGCAAAAUCAAACCACAGCAUUGUACUGGAAAAAUUACAAGAGAGCGACUUUGUGACUUACUGCUAUAAACUCAGCACUUUCCCGCAUGGGAGUCUUCAAGGCCAAAUUAAUCUAGUGAAAAGAACAGAAAAUGUGAUAAUCUCAGGUCUCCCCAUGACAGUGAUAAUCUCGGUGGGUUGUGUCAUGGGUUUAAUAGUACUACUUGGAAUCAUCGCUGGAGUGGUUUGUUACAAGAGGAGAAGGAACCCAGCAUUGAAUCCCGUGCAGCAUAAAGUUCAGAACAAAGCUAAGAGCGCACGCACACGGAGUGAAGAAGAGUCACAGAAUGAUGACUGCAAUUACCUCAGUUUGACUUAACUCAAUAUGUCUAUAAUAUAUAGUAAUGGAUUUACUGUAAAUUCUAAGAAAUUGACUGCUUUUUAAUAACAUCACAGAAAUAUCCCACAGAGAAAAUAAAGUUUGUGGACUAGCACAUACACUUAUAAACUUUAAAUCUCUUCUUUCUAGCUUUUAAGAGGAGUUUAAUUCAUUCUUAUUUGCAUAUUAAAUUUUAUUUUGUAAUAAACUAUGCUUUCUCUGGCAAUAAAUGUUUUGUCCUUUUAAGUGUGGCCUUUAUGUUGUUCUUUCCCAUCAUGAUAACAUAGGGUGGACUGGGGAGAAAAUAAAUAAUUAAAAUUAGGAUUAUGAUUAGGAUUAGAAGAUGUUAUUUGUUCAGUUUUGGCCAUUGAUCUGGCCUCAAGUGUGAUGAGUUCAGUUAAGCAAGAAAGAAAGUAAAUCAAAAACAAGUUCAUGAGUUGAUUAUUUUCUUCUAUGUUGGUCUGAAGUAUUAGGGUAAUAAUCUCUGUAAAGUCAAAAAUGCAAAAAAAAUCACCUUAAAGGUGCUAAAGAGGAUCUUUUCGUCGACCUGAGAAACCAAAGACUGUUAGUGAGUUUU